AUGUCCCACCGCCUCGCCCAACUCAACACCCACCUCAACUACCCAGCCGGCCUCCUCGCCAACCAAGUGGCCAUCAUCACCGGCUCGGGCCAGGGCAUCGGCGCCGAAGCCGCCCGGCUGUUCGCCAACGAAGGCGCAAAGGUCAUCAUCGCAGACAUUGACGCAGACAAAGCCUCCGCCGUCGCGGACAGCAUCAACCGCGCGGGCGCCGGCCGCGCCCUCGCCGUCCCCGGCGAUAUCCUCGACGCCGACUACAUCGGCGAGCUGGUGCAGAAGGCCGCGGCGUUCGGGGACGGCAAGAUCCAUAUUAUCGUGAAUAAUGCCGGGUUUACGUGGGAUGGGGUGAUUCAUAAGAUGACGGAUAAGCAAUGGGAGACGAUGCUGGCGGUGCACAACACGGCGCCGUUUAAGCUGGUGCGCGCGGCGGCGCCGUAUUUCCGGGUGCGCGAUGGGGAACCGCGCGUGGUGGUGAAUAUUAGUAGUACGAGUGGGAUCUAUGGGAAUGCUGGACAAGCAAACUACGCCGUGGCCAAGGCCGGGCUGGUCGGGCUGACCAAAACCAUCGCCAAGGAAUGGGGCCCCGCGUACGGCGUGCGCGCGAACACCAUCGCCUUUGGGUUCGUCACGACGCGGCUGACGGCCGCGAAGGAGGAGGGCGCGUUCAUCACCACGGCGGACGGGACCCAGGUGGCGCUGGGAAUCCCCGGGAAGCAGCUGGCCGGCCGCAAGGGCGCGGCGGAGGGCGGGCAGGCGUAUCCGGAUAUCCCGCUGGGGCGGCCAGCGAGCCCGGAGGAGGCGGCGCGGUCCAUUCUGGGGUCAGUCAAACAGUAUGGUUGGCUCGUGCUUUCGUACAGAUAG